AGGAAAGCAUCGACUUCUCCCUCCUUUCACAUCCACUGCUCGCUGACCGGUCACAAGUUUUUCAUUCUUUUUUUUUCCUCCCUGCGGGUCUUACGAGCUGUGGACUGCACAACGGAAUCCAAAUUAGGCGAAUCGCUUUCACGUGUGUGGUGGUGCAGGUAAGUAGAGAGCGGUCAUCGCAAGACGAACAACAUCGCAUUAACUGCUCGUUUCGCCGCUCCGCACCUGUCACACCGAACCCAGAGACGGGGCGAGGAGGCUUUUCCAGACUCUUCACGCCUGAUCUGAUCCUAAUCAGUUCUCGCUGACUUGACCGCCGAUAGAACGCUGAUAGUGUUUUCUUUCACGUUCGUAUAGCUUCUGAAGCUUCAACCAAAAAGCAAGAAGGUAAAGAUCGCAACGAUGAAGAAGGUUCUCGUGCUGAACGGCGACUCCUACGUGGGCCGCCACGUGGUGAAGAGCUUCUACCAGUCGCAGGAGUACGACGUUGAGAUCACCCGCACCAAGUCGGAUGCACGAAACGCCGCGACGGCGGGGGCAAACGGUCAGAUGUGGGCGGAUGCGGCAACCCGCGUCGGGGCUCUCCCCACAACGUCCUCCCUCGACACCGCGGCGGACAUCCUCAGCGCGCGGGAGGCAGAGAACGGCCCUUGUGCUGCUGCUGCUGCUGCUGCGUCUCGUUCGCAUCAGCAGGAAGCAGCGCAGCGCGCCGCCCUGCCAGCCGACAUUCAACCCUGUGUGUGCGGCGUCGUGCCGAAGCACAACGACGACACCGAGGCCUUUCGAGUUCGUUUACUCGCUAACGAUGUGGUCGUGGCGGUGAUGGAGGACGACGCCUACGAAGCCACCUGCGCCAUUCGCAUUCUCGAAAGCACCCACUACGAGGUGGAAAAGACGUUCGUGCUGGUCUCCUCGGCUGUCACGUGGGCGUACACGCUCGAGUCGGAGCGCGCGCGGGCCCGGCUGACACGGCAGCGCGAGCGGGACGAGGCACGCGACAGCUUCUUCCGGGAGCUCCUCGAGGCGGAGGAGGAGGGGCGAGAGGACUACGACGACGAAAGCGCUACUGCCGUUGCCGCGCGCACGGCUCGCCGCGCUGCUCGUCGUCGCGAGCUCGAGCCGCGGCUACCGCCCUCCCUGCGUGACCCCCUGCCCGGAGAGGACGAAGCGGAGAUUCGUGAGCUCGUCCCCGACCGCGUCUUCACCGAGGAAGGCUACGCGGCUCGUGUUCCACACCCCCGCUUUCAACACUGGCACGCGCUGGAAUACCUGGUGAAGCGCGCCAACACGCAAACGCUGCACACGUACGUCGUCUUUGCCGGCCUGCCCUACGGUGCCGGCGAAGGGGAGGCGGCGCUCUACGGAUUGCUGCGCAGCGCGUGGCAUCACCAACCGUUGCUCCAGUACGGGCCCGGAACGAACGCGAUUCCCAUGAUUCACGUGCAGGACCUCGCCGCCAUUCUCUUCAAGCUGGGCAACUCGUACGACACCCUGGACGAGCGGUACAUGUUUGCGGUGGAUCAGGGACGAGUGACGCAACGGCAGCUCUUGCAGGCGGUUCGCGCGACGCUGGGUGGGUCGGUGCAGCCUGCUCGAUCCAGUCAACACGCGUUGUGCGAUGUGGCAACCUCCGUGAAGGAAGCAACCGUGGCAGCAAGCGGCGGCCCCGAGGCGAACCACGCCCACGUUAACACACUGGAGUCCUCCUUGUCUGCGCCUUCCAACCAACUAGCGGCGACUGUCCCUGGCUCCACUUUGGGUGCUGCCACUCCAGCCGCUAGACCCCUUCGCACCUCUGCCUUCAGUGCGAAUUUGACGAAGCUGGAUCGGCUAGAGUUGCCGCCUCCCUCGUCCCCGCAGGACCUCUUUCGGGUGUUUGGCAACGAGCCGUGCUGGGGGGACGGCGGCGUUCUGCUCUCCGCCUUUGUCCUUUCCGACAUUCAGGCGGAGCCGGCCGCGGUGCUGAACCUGCACCCGGCGGAGGACUGGGUCGCGUUGGAAGGCUUUACGAUGAGCCUCGACCUCGUCCUCGCUCAGUUCCGCGAGGCGCACGAGCAGCUCUUCCGCCCAGUGCGCGCCCUCAUCACCGGGCCCCCGCUCUCGGGUGCGGACACCCUCGCUGUCGCCGUCGCCCAGCGCUGCCACGCACCGUUCUUGCCCGUGUCGACGGUCGUGCGGGAUUACACGGCGCACGUCGCGGAGGUGCGGGCGGCGCUGCGGGCGCUGCUGAUGCGUCGGCUGCAGCGACGCCGUGCGCGGGUGCAGGCCCGCCUCGUGCGGCUCGCCGUACAGGAGAAGGAGGCACGGCGCGCUGCGCUGGCGGCGAAGCGGCGGGCGAAGCGAGACGCAAAACGCGCCAGAAACCGGAAGAGACGUGGACAGGACGGUGCGGCUGCAGGAGGCGGCGACAACGACAGCGGAGAAGAUGACCUCGAAGACGACGACGACGACGAUGAGGGCCCGACGGCGGAAGAGGAGGAUGACACGGUGGAUGAGGAAGACCUCGCUGGCGAGGACUCGCUGCACUCCUCCAUUUCUAUUUUUAUCCCUCCCAAGGUCCCGGUCGCGUCAGAUGACGGCGAAGACGGGGAAGAGGCGGGUGAUGAGGAGGAGGGAUUGACUGGCAACGGCGACGAGUCUCCGUCGUCAGGCCGCCACCCGCAACGCGCCCCACUUCGACCCGUGGAGGAGGUCGUGGACGAGGCGUACAUCCGCGGCGGCGGCGGCGGCGCAGACGGCGAUGAGGAGGCUGGUAUGAUCGACGAGGAGCAGGAAGAGGGCGAGGACGUUAACGGCAAUGGCGAGGCUGAUGGUGUCACGUGGCUGGACCAGCUCGAGGAGCAGGACGCAGAGAAGCAGGCGGAACUUCUCGAAAUCCAAGACCUGCUACCUGAGGAAAUGAGUGAUUACGCAGGGGAAGGCCUGCAGCCGUUUGUGAUGCCACGAUUUGCGGCACGUCGUCGCGGGCGCGACUUUGCGCGUGACGUGGACCGGCAGGAGCGGCGCUGCAUCCACGCGCUGCGUCGUGAGUACGUCUUAGGGCUGCGGGUGCUUUCCCUGAAGGUGUCAGCGAAGGACGGCCGGCUGCCGCGGCCCCUGCCGCCACCGAUGUCCGGCGAUGACGACGACGAGGAUGGCGACCACAAUAGGGACAGCGUGAAGGGGGUGCCGCACAAGUCUGCGGAGGAGGACGCGGAUGAGGAGGGCGAGGACGGAUCGGAAGAGGGCUCGCACGAGGACAGUGACGGCGCGGCGGAGGACCAAGGUGAGGAGGCGGCCAACGAGGGGGACGCCUCCAACUCGGAAAACCAGGACGAGGAGGGCGACAACGAUGAUGACGACGUUGACGAUGACGACGGCGCUUCAUUAGCGGCUGCGGCCGAGGCGGAGAACGUGCUGGAGGCUGCAAGGAACGAGGACGCGUCGAACUACUUGGAUCACGCGCUGGCCUUCAUGCUCCGCUGGCGGCUGCGGCAAUCGGACUGUCGCUGCCAGGGCUACGUGCUAGGCAACUUCCCCCAGACUCUCUCGCAGGCCGUUUUGUGCUUCAAGGCAAACGAGACGGAGCUGGAGGAUGCGGAGCUGCGACGCCAGCGGGCGUUGGCCCCGCUGCUGACUCGCUUAGAUGAUCACGAGAGCAACAGCAUCGACGUGGCGGCAGAGGCGGCUGGUGGUGGCGGUGGAGGCGAGGAGGGGGACGAAGAAACCCCGCUGCCGCCCCCGCUGGAUGAGGACUUCCCUUUACCAGAUAUCGCAACGAUGGAGGAGGCGCAACUGCGUGCGUUGGAGAAGGCACACUGGCGGGCCCGCGGCGGCAGCAGUGCUGUUGCUGCUGCUGCUGCUGAUCCUGCGGCGGCUGGGGCCUCGGAGGUCUCAGACGGUGAAGGUGAGGAGGCGACAGAACCGGAGCCGGAGGAGGUGAUGGCACCGGUGGAUGAGGCGCUUUUUGUGGACCACGUCGUGAGUCUGCAGGCGAAUACGACGCUGCUACGCGCUACCGUGGAGGCGAUGGAGACGAACCUGAAGGUGACUGCGGGCGCUUCGCCCUCGGCCCCGUCAGAAGGGCAGCAACAGCAGCACGCAACGGCGUCAAACGACGAGAUCCACGCCUUGAACGCUUUACGGAGCCUCUUAUCCAGUUCCCCCUACGCAAGUCAGUUGGACGAUUACCUGCGUCACCACGCGCCGACUGUGCCACCGACGCAGUCGCUGCUGGCGUGGCUGCGAGCCGUCACGACCACACCAGCCCUCGGUGCGCGCCCUGCGCCGGUCAUCGUACCGCUUUCCAAUGACGCGGCAGGGACCGAUAGCUUCUCCAAGGCGGAGAUGAGUGGCGGCGGCGGUGGUGGUGAUGCCGCCGGAGCUGACGGAGCUGACGGUGUGACGACCACCUUGGAAGCCCCGCCCACCACGCGCACCGCGGAGGUCAUUGCGGUGCCAGCCCCCGUACUCACAGUAACGCAGGUAAAGGCGAGUUGGUGUGUCGCGUACGAGGCGGCGCAUCCGCCACGCAGCAGCAGCAGCAAUACUGUCGCGUCUGCCCCCGCGCAGAAAGGAGAAGGCGUCACGCUGCUGGAGGAGGGGCUGCCGAUCGCGCUGCUGCGCCUCGCCCCACUCUUCUGGAUCGGUGGCGCCAUGACGGACUCUACCUCGUCUCUGUCGCCGCGUCAAGCCAAAACGCGAGCUGCCGCUACUGCUGCUACUGCUGCUGCUGAGGAUGGGAAGGCUGUGCCGCUGCCGUUGAUGGAGUUGCAGCGUGGGCUGUGUGAGCGCCUCGCACCACGACGACGGCUUGCCGCGUGCGCCGCCUCCUCUGCCGCUGCAGAGAAGGAAAGUCCAAAGCCUUUGCCGACCCUUCCCACCCCGACCACGAUGACGACACCGUUGCAGGCCACACCCACGGUGAACGACGAGAAGGUGCUCACCACCAUCGCACAGGAGCGCAAGAAGCUCAUGGAUCUCGAGAAGCGGGAGGUGCAACUGGAGGACAUGAUCGCCCGAGAAGGCGCGGCGCAGGUGGCGCAGGAACGCACCGCACUGCGCAAGCUGCAACUCGCAGAGGAGAGCCGUGAUGCCGCGGCACUGCUGCGGGUGCCGGCAGAGGCAUACUUGAUGAAGUACGUUCUGCCCAGCUUGACACCGGCCAUGACGGAGGUGGUGCGGACGCGCGCAGACGAUCCGGUGACGGUGCUGGCGAACGUGCUCUUCGACUACCACCGCCGUACGACGAUCUAA